UAACGAAUAAUAAUAACAAUGAGGAUUACGUUGACUUAAGUAGGCGUUUUUUAAGAAUUAGAGAACGGGCAGACUUUUUAAAUUACUUGUACAAUAUUUUACUUGGAAUUUAAACAAAUAUGCAAGUACUAUAGCAAAAUUAUGAAACCACUCUACAGCUAAAAUGAACUUUCCAUCUUUUAGAGGUUAAAAUAAUUAUCGAACGUAAUUUUGCGGAAUCACAUCCCGGAUAAGGUUUCACUGUGGACCAAAACAGGAUAUCCUUAUGGUCUGUAACAUCCGGCUUUUGAUCUUAAUUUCUUAAAUAAUUAACUGGAGUCCAAAAUACCGUUAGAACUGAUUACAGCUUCAUUAAUCAAGCAAAACCGCAAUUAGCUAACGAGAAGCUUAAUUCGCACUACGUUUCGGUUGAACGCGUCGGUAAGAGAAACUAGAAUUUUCAAAUAAAACCGUUAAGGCACUCACCUUUAUUAUGGGUAAUACGGAAAGCAACGUAACGAGCGGCGUAAAGAAGCAAACUGACGGUUCUUCCAUUCUACUUUACAAGCUGGUAGACCUGAAGGGUGGUGGGUUACUGGUGGACAUGAUGAAAAGGGCUGCUCAGACGAAACAGUUUGCAGAAUUGGAUCACGCAUUGAGGACAAAGGUCGAGCCAUUUUUAUACAAUAAAGGAAAAGGUAAAUGGAUACCUAUUGAGAAAUUGGUUUUGUUAAGGAACAAGGAACGUCCUAGGCACAAGCUGCUGCCUGUCUUAAGAGCCAUGGAAAAUCCUGCCGAUUACGACAUCAAUAAGGAUAUCGAGAAUGAAGACGUAGACGAGACAAAAAUAGAUAAAUCCAAGUACCGGCUGGUUUGCUGGAUACUUAGUGAAAGAGGGGCAGUCGGUGAAACCAUUUUACACUUAUGCAUGUUACAUGCCACGGCGAUACACAUUGAUCUGGCAAAAAGAUUGUUACGUUUUUAUCCAAAGCUCAUUAACGACAUUUACAUGAGUGACGAGUACUAUGGUGAGAACGUACUGCAUAUGGCUAUAGUGAACGAGGAGCCAGCUAUGGUCAAAUUUCUCUUGGACAGUGGCGCCGACGUGCAUGAACGUUGCUAUGGAAAUUUCAUGUGUCCCGAAGAUCAGAAAGCAUCCAGAGCUGACAGCCUGGAACACGAAUGGGUUUGCGUUUGUCCCGAAACAAAUUACAAAGGAUACGUCUACUGGGGUGAAUAUCCUUUAAGUUUUGCUGCCUGCUUAGGACAGGAAGAGUGUUACAGACUUAUGCUUGCCAGGGGUGCUGAUCCUGAUAAGCAGGAUACCAAUGGGAACACUGUAUUGCAUAUGCUUGUUAUUUAUCAGAAGCUGGCCACUUUGGAUAUGGCUUAUGAAACUGGUGCCUCUUUGUCGUUGAAGAAUGUUCAGCAUCUGACGCCGUUGACUCUGGCUGCUAAAUUGGCACAUAUUGAAAUGUUCUUUCAUAUUUUGAAUAUAGAGCGGGAAAUUUAUUGGCAAAUUGGCAGUAUCACUUGUGCAGCUUAUCCUUUGUCUCAGGUCGAUACCAUUGACGUGAACAGUGGAAGGAUCAGUAAUAAUUCAGCCUUGAAUUUGGUUGUCUUUGGCGACAAAGACGAACACUUGGAACUAAUGGAUGGCGUUCUGGUAGAUCUGCUGAAUGCCAAGUGGAACACUUUUGUGAAAUCUAGUUUCACUCUUCGCCCUGGUCCAUCCGCAUCUCAAACAGCUACCACGGUGGCAAAUUCCACAUUAUCAAAGCAGACUGCAACAACUCCAAUCUCCAAUACGAAUGUUACGUCUACUAGUUUUCUAGACUCGUCACGCUUAUCAAUGGUUACAAGAAGCCUGAUUGCAACUUUGACCUCGAAUCUAAAUUCCACCCUGAACAUGACGUCCGAGUAUAUUGAGAGGAUCGCAUCUCAAAUCACAUCGAACAUCACUUCGACUUUACAAGAAAUUCUACUACAGGCCGCUCAGGACGAGGAGAGUUCUAGCACUUUGUCUACAAGCAGUAUUGACAUAAUUUCACAAAAUAUUUCAAUCAGCACAGAAAACGCAUCUCUUGCGAGACACGUCACCGAUACCAUAAGUGAAACUUUGGCUGAUCUAAAUUUGACAGUAAUCACAGUAACGACCGACACAAUUGCAACCACUACCGAUGACGAUGAUUGGUGGGACGAUCUCACAGAGGAAUGCAGAUUGAUGCAUCUGACAAGCGCAACCGCAAAGAUCCGCUUGACCACCGAGAUAAUGAUGCAAAUCGGCGCCAUACUUUACAUAGCAGCUGGAUUGAGAGAAGCCCGUUUUUUGGGACUUAACAUGUUCAUAGAAAAUCUCAUGACUGCACCUUCCAGAGUGAUGUUCUUAUUCUCCUGCUGCAUUCUACUGUCAUUCCCAUUCCUGAGAUUAGCCUGCGCCGACGAAGUCGAGGAUAUGUUAGCCGUAGUGGUAAUGUUGACCACAGCACCGUACUUCCUCUUCUUCUGCAGAGGAUUCAAGACGGUUGGCCCGUUCGUUGUCAUGAUCUACAGAAUGAUCAUGGGCGAUCUGCUCAGAUUCGUAUCAAUCUAUCUAGUCUUUGUGAUGGGCUUUUCGCAAGCUUACUAUAUCAUUUUCUUAUCAUUCGACAAUCCAAACACACCAGAGGGCGUCGAUGACUCCGUAUCUAAUCCCAUGCCGUCCCCUUUGGAAAGUAUAAUGGCGAUGUUCCUCAUGAGCAUGACGACUUUUGGCGAUUAUUAUGGUGCAUUUGAAAGAACCGACCAUGAAAUGGAGGCCAAGUUGAUGUUUGUAGUCUACAUGGCUAUUGUUGCUAUCCUCCUUGUGAACAUGCUGAUCGCUAUGAUGGGUAAUACAUAUCAGAAGAUUGCAGAGACCAGAAAUGAAUGGCAGAGACAGUGGGCUAGAAUUGUACUGGUAGUCGAAAGAGGCGUGAGUCCUGCUGAGAGACUGAAAAAAUUAAUGGAUUAUUCUCAACCGAUGUCCGACGGCAGACGAGCACUUGUUCUUCGUUUGAAUCAAUCGGAGGAGGAUAAGGAGGAAAUGAAAGAAAUUUUAGAGAUGAAGAGGACGCAUGAUAGAUUUGUCAAGAAGCUUCAAGCUAAGUUGUUGCAGGAGAAACAUGCUACACCGGUACCGUGAAUGAGGAAUGAUUUAUAAAUGUGAACAAUAAAAAUCAGGAUUCUUCCAGUAUAAUUAA